CGACGCCGGAGCUCUUUGAAACGGCUGUAUUUUGCUUCUGAAGCCUCCAACGUCAGAGAAUUUCAUACCCAUCUACAAAACCUAUCAACUCGGCUCCUUUUCGCAUUUCACAACAUGUUUGCUCUAUAUCUCACAGCUGACUUGCAAGGGGUCACAAACUUGCGCCCCGACGACACUCAAGACAACCCUUUUUGGUACAUGUUCAAGGUUCAGUGUACUUCUUGUCGAGAGACUCAUGCAAACCAUGUUGGAGUCAACCGGUUUGUACGUAACGGCUCGCCAGGGUUGAAAACGGUAUACUAAUACCUUAUGAAGGAGACCAAUGAGAUGAGUGGAAGUCGAGGAGAGGCCAACUUUGUAUGGAAGUGCAAGAACUGCAAGCGAGAGUCGUCAGCCUCUGUCAAGGCUGGACCUUUUCCUUAUGAGCAAACUGAACCAGCCAAGCCUCAAAAGAUCCUCGAGUUCGACUGCAGAGGUCUCGAGUUCACUGAGUUCAAGGCUGAGGGUGAAUGGUUGGCCGAAGGCGCCGAGACGGGGACCAAGUUCACUGGUAUCGACUUGGAGGAGGGCGAGUGGUUCGAAUAUGACGAGAAGUCUAACGAGGAAGUGAGCAUCAAUGAUGUCAAGUGGGAAGUCCGCCGCUCUUAAGAUGACUUGAAGUUCGGUAUAUGGACGUCUUGGGUUGAGCUGUUUGGUGUUUUGGAGCGUCGGGGCAGAGAUGUUGUGUUAUUCGGAUAGGAUAGAAAAGCCAUAUAAAAGAGAUGCAUUCGAGCAGGCCCGAGGAGUGAGAUGCCCCUACAACAUAGUCAUAAGCAAACCGGCUUCGAAUGUGAAAGAUAUAAGUUGUUGGUUAAUCAUCCCCUGCC